GUAUUUUUCAUAGCAAACUAUUUUCAAUAUACAGAAUCAAAGGAAGAACCAGUUCAGCCACCACCAGAAAACAAGAAAAUUCAAACUACCGCUGCCACGCCCUCCCUAAAUCGAACAGAAAGGGCUCCAACACCGAGCAUAUUUACAUAUGUCGACGAACCUCCCGCUGCAAAUGAAAUGAAAAGGCUCAUGAGGGCUCUUUCAACCCAGGGGGCGGUUUGCUCGGAUCAACGCCGAAUAGGGGGCUUGCCAAGGGGUCCACAUGGGGCCCCUCGUCCGUUUGGUCCUGAUGGCAUGUGGUAUAUCUGUUUUGACGAGGAAGUCCAAUUAAUUCCGGGUACAUGUGUUGUUUACUCUAUCGGGUAAGAAACCUUCGUAGCUGGGCUCAGUUUCUAGUCGUAGGUAUGUCAAUGCGCCUAUGCUUCUCCCCACUUGUGUGAGGAGAAUCGCGGACGCACUCACACACUUGCGGCUAGAAACUGAGCCUAGCUAGAGUAGGUAACGUAACUUGCUCACGAGGGGGGGAUAGUUGUCAGAAAUUCAAAAAGGGCUCAUGAAAUGUAGAAGAAUUUCUUACGCAGCGCAUGGAUUCCACAAGCAAAUAUCAGGAAAAAGAGGUCACCGGCCUGUAUUUAAAAGUAUUCUCCAUUAAAACUGUGCAACGCAAAUGAUAAAUAGCUGUUUGAAGAUUAAAUUGACGAAUUUUAGUUAAAAAUCUGCGUAACCUCCUUGAAUCAGUAAGACGAAAGCGCGCGUAAUGUUUGUCAAAUGUCACUUAUAGUGCGCACUUAAACAUUUUAGAGUAACUUAGUCUGGGGGCUCUUAUAGCUAUCGACUACAGACGCUUGUCGUCGCUAGUAGCGAUCAUACUAUGAAGGUAGGGAGGCUGAUUACGUUAUACACAGCUGUAAUGAGCCUGGGUAAACUCGUGAAAAGACCGGCUGAAUUUAUUGUUUCGAGUUGUCGUGGUCAAAUCAACUAGCCGUCGUAGCAGACGCUUAAAAGGGAAAGUGGGGGGGCCAGAAUUGGCCACACAAGUGCGCGCCAGUGUUACAGUGAUAUGUGAAUCCCCAUUCCCAAAACCCUAGUGAUAUGGGUAUUCUCUUCUCAUAUUACCUUAGCGAUUUGGGUUCGGGUUAGUGUUAGGGUUACAGGGGAUGCCCACUUCACUAGGAUUUAGGUAAUGGGGAUGCCCAAAACUAGUGAUGCCCAUAUCACUGUGACACCGGGCAGGAGGGGAACCUUCCCCUUCGCCCACCUUCGUCCCCAGCGUUUCUCCCUCGCGAAAAUUUCCUUCCCCUUUCGAACGUCUGUCAUGCAGGUCAAACAACAAACCAUUUCCGAGUUGCAUCUCUCUCAAGACGAGGGUAAGUGCGAAGCCUUUGGGGUAUGAGGUUACACUAGGAGCCCAUAACCCGGAGCUCGUGUCACGGCGUAGUCAUGGACCACUUUAUUUUUAAAACGGUUUUGGCACGAAUUUUGAAUAUCUUCUAAAUUCCACAAACCAGUCAGCAAAACCUACAGACCUGAAAAUGAUAUUUUUUAACUUUUAAUAACGUUUAGUUUUCUUUUUUGAUAUCUUAUACUUCGAAUGCGCUCUUUGACAUGGUGAAGGUUCUAUUUUCGCGGAAAAAAGUACCCUAAAAUAUGUCUAAAAAUAUACUGGUCCAUAAAAACGCCGUGACAUAGGCCUCGUAUGGGACUUGCUCGCUCCGGGUUAUGGGCUCCUGGUUACACCAUAGAAAAUUAUAACAUUAUUCACUUGAAAAGGCCUCAUUUUGAAGGUGAGCCGCUUGUGAAACUCGGAAACGGCCUAUUAAGUUAGUUGGGCUUCAACGUUUCAAUCAAUGAUAGCUUUUAACUUUGUAACCAACGUAUUUAACGAUUUUUAUCCCUGAAAGGACGGGUGAUGAUUUUUCGUUUGACGAGAAGAUGGCAAAUCAUGGUUGUAACGUGUUUGCUUUUGACCCUACAAUGGGGAGAGAAGAUCACAAUCAUAGCGCGAGAGUCAUGUUCUACAAUCUUGGACUGUCGGAUGUUGAUCAAGAAGGAACUGAAAAUGUUUCAAACAAGCUCGAUAAACGCACAUGGAAAACUAGAACCCUGGCGUCGAUCAUCAAGGAACUGGGACAUUCUAAGGUGAAAAAAUACUACUGAAUAUCGCAUUUCCUCGAAUAAUAGCCGUCCCUCGAUCAAUCGCCUCCGUCAAAUAACCGCCCCUCCCCCGCCCCUCUCGCAAUCUUCUUCCUUUUAUCCCCUCCCUGUCAAGUUGAAGUGCAAUGAGAUCCAGCAAAACUGAUCGGUGACGAUUCAAGCCCUGAAAAUUAAUCAAGGAACUAAAUUAGGAACGCUUAAAAAGCCCAUGUUCAGUUUAUUUGACUUCCAGUGAGUAAUAUUUGAAAUAAUCAUCGCCUCCUUUUUGUGCGAAAAAAGAAAUAAUCAACCCCGGCUAUUAUUCGAGGAAAUGCGGUAAGUUUCUAAUUUAUCAGCGAAAAACAGCACAUUUCUAUCAUUGCACAUAAGCAAAUAGAGCGAUUUUCGUAUGACCUUGAAAUGAAAACUCUCGAACGAAACAGAAACAACAAACGAACGGAAAAAGAGACAUUUGAGUGGUUCAUCAUGGAUACAAACCUCGCGUGGGUUUUGGUUGGUUAAGCGAACGCGCGGGUGAAAAAACUUCAUGCCCGAGAACUUUCCAAAAAGCAAUCGAUACUUCGCCUUAACGUCAUACUGCAACACUAUUGGCCAAUUCAACAAUGUCUUCUCCAUAUUAGGGUUUUCUUUGUCGGGAAAACGAAGAGUCCAUGUUUUGAUCUUUUCAUCCAUUGGCUGAUAAAACAAAUAACGAACACUUAUCGAAACCAUUCUUCAAAGUCAUACGAAAAUCGCUCUAUCGACAUUCCAGUGGCAGCAGUGUGUAGGAUGUUUGUCACAUGAACCUAGUGUAGUGGCCUCAGCUUCCACGAGUUUCCUGUAGCUCAGUGGUAGAGCAUCUGGACUGGUGGGGUUCCAAACCUAUCGGGAGUACUCGGAUGUUGUCUUCCGAGCCUUGACUUGAGCCGCAUUGACUGAAUAAACAUCGUUCUUAAGAAAAUUCAUGCAGAUGCAGGACGUAUCCCUGGGUUUUCUUAAACUGACCUCUAGCGUUACAAUCACCCUGUUCUAUAUGGAUCAAUUUAGGUUUCUGGGAAACUGCCCACCUACCCCUCCCCUAAGCCAACAUCAUCACUUACUUCUCACUUAGGGAAAAAUGUUGGCUUAGGGGAGGAGUAGGUGGGCAGUUUCCCAAAAACCGAAAUUGAUCUCCUUCGAUAUACUUAAACGGCAGCUAAUCUGAAACCAUAUCACUUGAAACCCGUCUCGGCAAUCAGUCAGUCAAUCAGUCAAUCGGGCAGUCAGCUAGUAAUCCACUUACAGCAGCAUUGCGUGACUCCGACCCGAGCGGUUGCAAUGGCAAUCGUUCCCAGAACCUUCUUUAACCUCGUCCAGCGAUCCUCUGUGUGCUGACCGAAAGAAUCGCAGCCUCUGGAACGAGAUUGCUGCGAAGGAGACUAAGUCAACUUUCACCUCGGGCUUGCGCGAGCCUCGCUAUUACGGACGCUACUUUCACUGGUCUUUGAAAACGCACCUGCUACUGUUUUUAAGUCUAGAGAAAUUGUUUGGACUUUCAUCACUUCUAUUAAUUCGUUAGCCAAUUGUACAUCUCGUGCUAAAAGACUCGGAGGUCGCACUCAGCUGUCAUCUAUAAAGUGGCCUGGGUUCGAUGGUGCCCAGUGCCCAUGCGUGAGUUGUGUUUUUUCAUUUGGUGCUUGUCCUUCGGCUGCAAUAUAUAUAUGUUUUAAAUCCAGCGCUAGUCUCUAAUUUCCUAUUCGAUCUGAAACGCACAAAUACUCGUUUUAAGAACUUUUGUACAUGAAGGUCUUUGCGGGUAAACAAUUCACUUUUAAUUUAUACUUUUUAUACUUAUUCUCUUUUCCGGUAGAGAGAAAUUGACAUUCUAAAGAUGGAUAUCGAAUCAAACGAAUGGAGGUGCUUACGUCAUAUGCUGGCAGACGGAACCUUAAAAAAUUACGUGAGACAGCUUAAUGUGGAAUAUCACGUGAUCGUGAGGACACCAGAAGCUCUAAGAGGAUACUACAGUACAGCUAAAUGGCUUGAAAGACAAGGAUUUAAAAUAUUCCAUUCUAGAAGAAACCCAUACUGCCCAGAAUGUUGGGAAAUGUCGUAUAUAAACUCCAAUCUAGUCAACUUGCCUUUGAAUUAA